GGGCCACGACUGCAGGUAGGUCACGUGACACUGUCUUAUCUCUCAGACUCGAGCCAAGGGUAUGUGUUACAUGGAGGGGAUUCUGUUGGACUCAAAUCAUCUCGGCUACCUUGGAGCCCGCAUAGGUCUCAACGUUGGUGGUUCUGUUGAUGUUUUGGGAACAAACAACGUUGGUGGUUCUGUUGAUGUGUUGGGAACAAACAACGUUGGUGGUUCUGUUGAUGUGUUGGGAACAAACAACGUUGGUGGUUCUGUUGAUGUGUUGGGAACAAACAACGUUGGUGGUUCUGUUGAUGUGUUGGGAACAAACAACCUUGUUGUGAUUCACUUCUCCAAACUUGGUCUAGAGUGGAAAAUAACAGCGGUUUGAGGUCAAGGGUAGCUUAGGUCACCAUUACAGUCUACAGCAUAGCAUACAGACCAAAGUUGACUAUACUACAGCAUAGCAUACAGACCAAAGUUGACUACACUACAGCAUAGCAUACAGACCAAAGUUGACUAGACUACAGCAUAGCUUACAGACCAAAGUUGACUAGACUACAGCAUAGCAUACAGACCAAAGUUGACUUGACUCUACUACUACUCUGAAAAAUGAUGCUUCAAUUUUACAAUUUAAGGAGCUUUACACAGCUAGGUAGCCACUGCUUCACAGCCAAAGCAAAAUAGCCACAGCUAAAUAGCCAGAGCUAGAUAGCCACAGCUAGGUAGCCACAGUUAGGUAGCCAGUGUAUAUAACCACGGUCCAUGUGUGACCUGCGCUAUAUCAGUGACCUGCGCUAUAUCAGUGACCUCUCAUCUCACUGACCUACUAUUUCAAGGUUGUGCUCAAAGCGCAAUGGCCCCCACAAGGGUACCUACGAAGGUGAAGGUCAUCUUUGGAGCUGCUGUGUCCGCCAUAUUGUUUUGGACGUACCAUUUGUACGUCAUCAAGUCGAUGACGUCACGUCGUGCUGACUUAUUGGGUCCAGACGUCGGCCAUGUUUUCAGUGGGGAGCCGCGGGGCGCCGGGCCGCGGGGCGCCGGGCGAGAACUCCAGCAGGCCGGGGAGCCACUGAUGACGUCAUGGGGCGAGCUGGCCAGCAGGAAACGCCGGGCGCGGAAGGUGUGCGAGUCACGUGACGUGCCGGGCAGGGUGCACGGGGUGUACACCCACAAGGCCGGGGUCAUCUACUGCUUCGUGCCUAAAGCUGGCUGCACCUUCUGGAAGAGGGUCUUUAAGGCGGUCAACCUGUCUAAGGAGGACCCGUUCGCUAUCUCCAGGAAUCUCGUGCACACAGUGGGAGGGUCGGGGGUCCCUUACACGUCAGAACACAGCCAGCUCCGGUACCCAACCCGCUUCAUCGUCACCAGGGACCCGUUCUCUCGUCUGCUCUCCUCCUACCUGGACAAGUUUUACCUGCCCGACUUCUGGCUGGCCGAGGCCAUCAGCAUGAUCAGGAACAGGACGGGCCAUCAGGCCAACUGUCACACGGACUUCAUGCGGGGCCACUUCGACAAUAUGGCCAAAAUCUUCCAGAGUUCCCCGAACGGAACAUGGGGGGAGAGGCGGUGCGGGAAGUUCCUGACGUUCUACGAGUUUCUGCGGGACGGUCUGAACCGCAGUGAGCCGCACUGGAUGCCGGUCCAUGAGAUCUGCAACCCGUGUCUCUUCAACGUCACCCACGUGGCCCACAUGGAGACCUUCAACCAGGACGCCAGGGUCAUCCUGGGCAAGAUGGGCAUGGGGCACAUCCUGGACAACAUCGAUAGGACCGCUCAGGUGGACGAGGAGAUCAAAACAAUAAUCGAUUACAACUUCAACUACACCCACGCCAAACUCCAGCUAACCUUCUUCAACUCCUGCAUCAGUGACCGCGAGCUGGCCUACCGCUUGUGGUACAACUUCCGGUGGCGGGGCUACAUUGACCCGGAUGUCAACUUCGUCGUCCCGCCCCCGGGCACCACGGGUCAGAUCAAAGCUGACCUUCUGACCCAAAUCUGGCGUGCCAGGGAGUCGGGCUUAAAAAAUCCGCAACGAUUGGAGGAAGCCAAAAAAGAUUUCCAGAUGAAAAUAUUCCAGACCAUUCCAAAAGCACUCUUUGAGAAAAUCACCGAGAAAUACAAACUUGACUUCUUGUUGUUUGGAUAUGAAGAUCAAAGGGACGCCCUCUACCGGUCGCUGUAUCAGGUGAUCUCAUGACAUCGGUCACGUGUCACUACUGCUAGCUGUCACGGGUAGCAUGCCGGGAUAUGUGCAGUGACUUGACCACAGGUCUACGAGAUUGUCGUCGUAGGGUCAUUUGAAUGUGUGACCUUGGUAGACUCACGCCUUUUCAAGGAAUACCCCACAUUUUUACAGUUUGCUCAAUUUACCGAUCAGUUAUAUAUAUAUAUAUAUAUAUAUAUAUAUAUAUAUAUAUGUUUAUAUGUAUAUAUAUAUAUAUAUAUAUACAGUGGCGUAGCGAGGUCGGGUGUCACCCGGUGCGGCACUUAAUGGUGUCCCCCCCCCCCCCCCAGAGGCGUAGCGACUCUUCCUGGGGACAAACUUUCGAUUUUCGAUUUGCACCCCCCCCCUCGAACUUUCGAUUUACACCCCGCAGCCCUCGCUACGCCUCUGUGUGUAUAUAUAUAUAUAUAUACAUAUAUAAAUAUACAUAUAUAUAUAU